GCAGCGCGGCAGCAGCCCCGGCGGCUCUGCGGAGCGGCCCGAGCCCAUGUGAGCCGGGCAGGCGGACGGAGCCCGAGCACCAUGGGGGCCCUGGGCCUGACCCUGGGGAUCCUCCACUACCUGGGGCUCUACCUCCAGCUGGGCGCCCCGGCGCGGGCCCCCGCGGCCAACGCCCUGUUCACAGAGACCCCGCAUGACAUGACGGCCCACGCUGGGGAGGACGUGGAGAUGGCCUGCUCCUUCCGAGGCAGUGGCUCCCCCUCCUACUCGCUCGAGAUCCAGUGGUGGUACGUUCGCAAUCACCGGGACUGGACAGACAAACAGACGUGGGCUUCAAACCAGCUAAAAGCAUCUCAGCAGGAAGAAACUGGGAAGGAGGCGACGAAAAUAAGCGUGGUGAAGGUGGUCGGCAGUAACAUCUCCCACAAGCUGCGGCUCUCCAGGGUGAAGCCCACCGACGAGGGGACGUACGAGUGCCGGGUGAUUGACUUCAGCGACAGCAAAGCCCAGCACCACAAGGUCAAGGCCUACCUGCGGGUGGAGCCGGAGGAGAGCUCCGAGGCGCCCCACCACGGCUCCUCCGCCAGGCACAUGCAAGACACCCAGCUGCUGGGCGGCCAGCUCUCUGACCACGCCAGACUGAGUGGCACCCCCUCCCACCACCAGCACUACCACCACCACAAAAUGGGCAAAGAGCUGAGGAAGCGAGCGGCAGACACCUCCUGCCUGCUGUAGACUGAGCCGGCGUGGCACAGACCAGGCUGCUGGAUCUCCCCCACCCCUCCCGACACACACACACACACACACACAUGUCUCUCCCCACCCCAGACUGGGCAGAGGAGGAGUGCACGAGGACCGGUGCCGGGUCGAUGGAAAUCUAAUGCUCCAAAUCAGAGACUAACGUGUGUGUGCGCACACUCUGUGACUCUCGCAUGUACCCCUCUCUCCCCACCCUGCCAGGUAGCUAUGGAUUUUUAAAUUUCUUUAAAAAUACCCUUGAGCUGAUGAUGCAGUGCCGUCUCCAGGACUCGAAUGCAGAAAUGGGACCUCUCUGUUCCCAAGUAGGGUGUGACCAGAGGUGGGGAACUUCCCCGGUGCCACCAGCUUGUAAGGGGGGGGGAAUCUCCCUGCUGUCUGUGCCCAGGGGAGGGGCUGGGGCUCAUUUCCAUGGAAUAUGGCCACUAGUCGCACUGGUUCCCCUGGCUGGCCGUGUGCAGACAGGGCUUCCAGCUUUGUGCCAGGUUUAGUGUAUGCCAGCUGCUCCCCCCCCCGUUUCACAUUGCUAGCUUUUUAUGACUCUAGUGAACCCAUCUGGGUCUCUCUGUAUGUGGGAAUCGCAGUCGCUCCCCUUUGCUUUGCCCAAUGAGUCCUGUCCUCCCUCCCGCGAGAGACCCA